AUGACGACACAACAAACAAUUGAAACUAUAACGAGUAACAACGAAAAUGUCGACAUAAUCCGUAAAAUUCUUGGUUGUGGCGGUCGCUGGCAGUUACGAAUAAUUUUUCUCGUUUAUCUCGUGAAAAUUCCGUCUUCAUGGUUCAUGGCAUGUGUGAUAUUUACGGCGCCAGCUCCGUGGUACGGAGAAUAUUUGUGCAAGCCGUCCUCACUUUCGAACAUUUCUGUCGAUAAAAGUCAAAUACUGGACUGGAAUAAAAUUGUACAUCCCGAAGCUGAAGAUUAUCACAAACAUUUCAUCGAUCAAUGUCAGAUUUAUGACGAUGCAAGAGAAAGGUGGCAAAAUUUUACGUCUGGAAUACGUGUGGAUAAUGAAAGUGAGUCAACCACAAAGUGCGAGGAGUUUGAAUUUCACGAAGAUUUUGUGACGGCAGCGACGACCUUUAAUCUCGUGUGUGACCGGAAAUGGUUGGUGCCGUUAACGCAGUCGUUCCAUCUCUUCGGUAUCUUCUUGGGGGUUUUAAUCUCAAAUGAACUUCUGAAAAAUCAUCCACCGAAAUUCGUAAUGAAACUCGGUAUGGUGCUUCAAGUGAUGUUUGGAUGUCUUACUGGACAAGUUCCAUUUGUUUUUCAUUGCUUGCUGAGGUCAGCAGAUGCCGCUUGUUGUGUUCUCAUGUUUGCUAGUGGUGGAAUGGUUUUCCAGGACAUCACAGAUGGCAAGUGGAAAUUAACUGCAAUGACACUUUUUGAGAUAUUUUGGUCGAUUGGAUUGAUUUUCUUGUCUGGCAUUGGAUAUGUGUUUAAAAGUUGGGAUCUUAUUUACUUUGCGAUUUCCAUACCAACGUUGUUUUUGAUUCCUCUAACAGAAAUGUUCAUUCCCAACUCACCCCUUUGGCUUCUGAAGCGUGGUCACUAUGAAGAAGCUAAAGCCAUUUUACUAGAAUCUGCCCGGGUAAACAAUCGUCAAAGUUCUAUUCCAAAGGACUUCGAUGAAUUACUAGCUAAGCAAAUGAAUCGAAUAAAGGCUGAACCCCCACCAGCCAAAUGGACGGAAAUAUGGGAAGACACUCGAACAUCUAUAAAUCUCGCAUGUGUUCAUUUGAGUCAAACUUUCUCAAUUAUACUGUACUAUGCAAUUCUCCUAAACAUUGCUGUGUUUGGACGAGAAAAUCUCUACACAACCACAAUUGUCGCAGGAUUAUCAGAACUUAUUGGAGCUUUUGUCGGUUACGCCUUUGUCUUGCACACCAAACGAUUAAAAUGGCAACUGACUGGUUUACUGAACAUCGUAGGAGGUUUGCUUUUCUUAAUUCCCUGGAUCUACACGUUCGACGAGGCAGAUUGGCUGGAAUGGUGUCUUUAUGUAAUGAGCACAAUGGUGGCUAAAAUUGCAAUUUCGUGCUCGUUGGCAGUCAUGGCUGGAUGCACGGGAGAUUUGGUCACGGGAAAUCGUAAGAAGACGGCAGUUUAUUCAGUUCUUGCUUUUUCACGGUUCUGGUUGGUGUUUGGACCCAUGACACUAGCAGCAGGCGUCUGGUUUGGCAGAAUGGUUCCAUUGUCACUGAUGGGAGGCAUGACUGCGUUCAAUGGAGUCUUGAGCUUACUCAUUAGACCAAAAGUACCUAAAAUAACACAAAUUAGCUCCAUUCAAGGGGUGUACAAAAUGAAUCAAAUAAAUUAA